GCCGUGUCAUUUAAUGAUUCUGAUUCUGGGAAAUGGACAGAUGAAAACUGCAAUCAAGCUAUCCCAUUCCUCUGCUACAGCAGAAUGUUAUCAGCAUCCUCCCGUCAGUAUCAUUUCGUUAAUAAGAAUAAGAGCUGGACUGAAGCACAGAGAUACUGCCGAGAGAAUUACACUGACCUGGCUACCGUUGAUAACAUGGAGGAAAUGAACACACUCCUUAAUACAGUAAAUGUAAGCUACUUAGGUUUAGCCUGGAUUGGACUGUAUGAUGAUCUGGACAGCUGGAGAUGGUCUCUGGAUGAUGAUAGUUUCUACAAGGAAGGGGAGAAAAUGUUCAGGGGAUGGUACCAUGAACCUGAUAACUACAAUGGAAAAGAGCUGUGUGUGUUUAUCCGUUAUGAUGGGGAAUGGUCAGAUGGAGAUUGUAACAAUGAUUUGACUUUUGUUUGCGAUGAUGCACAACAUUCCUCUAGUACAGGACGAAAUGUAACAGAUGGUUACAUCUGGGUUAACCGGUUCAUGCCCUGGGCAGAAGCUCAGCGUUACUGCAGACAGCAUUACAAAGACCUGGCAAGUGUGAGGAAUCAAGCAGAU